AAAGAAGGACAAGUGAAGUGGGUGAAGAAACUGAUGAGACGGGGCGGACAUUUCAAGGAACAUUGCCUUCCCUAAAUAUUACCAUUACCAUUACUAUUCUCUUAUAAAUCCUAAUCCAUCUCCUACCGAGCUUCAUUUCUACUCCAAAUUCCUCAAAAACCCCAUUUCCAAUUCUUCCCUCAUGGAGUCUGCAGCUGUCUUGCGCUCCUUUCACUAUUCUGCGAGCACGGUUUCACCUUUGCGUUCUUCAUUUGAGAAACCUGGUGUGGUUUCUAUGCAUAAUGCAGCAUGGCGCAUAUCAACCAGAUCUCCCAUCCAAGGUUCAGCAUUUGGUUGGGAUCUUGUAUCUUCUCAGAAAAAGCAGGCCGGUGCAAUUGUGUCAUGUUUGAAGUCAUCUGAAGUUGCUGUUGUAGACAAGUCCAAUGGAUCAGUGGAGAAGAGUACUUCAACGGGUUCAACUUUUCCUAGUGGCUUUGAGGAACUUGUCCUGGGGGUCUGUGACGAGACACAGAUUGCUGAGUUGAAAAUGAAGAUUGGUAACUUUGAAAUGCAUCUCAAGAGGAACAUUAAAUCAGCCGCUGCCAUCAUACCUGUUGCUUCACCUACAGAAGCACCACCAAUUCCUAGCAAACCAAUGAAUGAAUCUGCCCCUGCUACCCCACCAUCGCCACCAAAGCCAUCUUCUCAAAAAACAAAUCCCUUUACAAAUGUUCCCGUUGAGAAGUCGAAGAAAUUAGCAGCACUAGAGGCUUCUGGAGCCAGUGGAUAUGUUCUAGUCUCAUGUCCAACGGUUGGAACAUUCCGCAAAUGCAGGACACUUAAAGGGAAGAAGCAACCUGUUCUCUGUAAAGAGGGUGAUAUUAUCAAGGAAGGACAAACUAUAUGCUAUUUGGACCAGUUUGGCACUGAACUUCCGGUGAAGUCGGAUGCAGCUGGAGAAGUCAUAAAGAUUCUCUUUGAUGAUGGAGAGGCGGUUGGAUAUGGAGAUCCCAUCAUUGCAGUCUUGCCCUCUUUUCACGACAUCAAGUAAACUACCAUCAUCCCUUUAAGUAGUUCUGUGGUCAGCUUUCUCCAAUGGCUUGCAGUUUGCUUUUUGUUUUAAAUCAUCUGUAUUCUUCUUAGCAUUUUCGCCUUUUACCAAUUUUGUGGCACGGGCAUUCAGUUAGCAAUGCAACUUGCCUUUCCAGUGUGUGUGGGUCGAAAAUUGAAUUCAGACCUACAACAAAAACGACCAUAAAUUUCGACAUGUAGAGAGUUUAUAACCUGUAUUUGCAUAUUUCUUUAAGCCAUUGCCAGGGAUGAUACACUAUGAUCAUUUGUUGCAGAUGAA